AUGGGUAAUUUUUUUUCAAAAAAGGAUCUCGUUUUUGAAAAAAAAGUCAGAGCUAUGGAAUCCAAAAUUACUAAAUUUGAGACCAAAAUUCACAGCUCAAAAUGUGAACACUAUAAUAAUAAUAAAAAAAAUGUUUUUUAUUUUUUUAUUAUAGAAUUAAUUUUAGCAACUUUUUUGUGGGAAAAGUUUGCCUCAAAUGACACUUUGUCUGAAAAGGCAAUGUGUUUAUAUUAUUCAUUAUUUAUUUCAAUUAUAUUCUAUUUAUUAAUUAAAUUAGAUAGAGUAUUUUUUGGAUUAUUUAUAAAAAAUAAUGAAAAAAAAUUAUUGAAUUUAAAUAUUGGUCUUGAAAAAAUAAUUGAAGAAAGGAAAAUCGAAACCGACUUCGAAAAGACCAAAAAAUUAUUGGAGGAAUAUGAAAUUUUUAAAAAUAAAAAUUUCAAUAACAGAUUCCAACAUCAACCUCCAUAA